AUGCUCAAAGAAAUAGUUAUUACAAUAAGCACUGGAGGAAAUGCCUUGAUCAAUGUUGGUCCCAAUAUGUAUGGAAAGAUUUCACCAAUAUUUCAAGAACGUCUUCGACAGAUGGGUUCAUGGUUACAAGUCAAUGGUGAAGCUAUCUAUGCUACUAAACCAUGGAAAUAUCAAAAUGAUACCAUCAAUCCAAAUGUUUGGUAUACGUCAUCAAAAGACAAUAAAUUUGUCUAUGCUUUUCUUCUUAUAUGGCCAAAAGAUAGCAAUGAAAUAAUACUUGGUGCUCCGUUAAGUUCUCCAAGAACAAUUGUGACACUUUUGGGUUCAACUGCUGAUUCAGUUCCAUGGAAUAUAGCUAGUGGAGAUCGUGGUAUUGUGAUCGAUGCUUCAGCAAUCAAACUUCAUUUACUACAAAAAUAUGGAAUUUUCAAUCGUUCACAUCUCAAUAAUUCUUCCAUUGAUCAUCAUUUUGAAACAUUCUCAAAUCAUAAUCAUUCGUCAAUAAGGAAAACAAGAUCUAAAAGUAUCAUUCAUGCAACUAUUCGACCAUUACGAACCAGUCAUCCUACCAACAAUAAUUCUAUUCAAAGGAAUAAUAAUAAAUUAUUUUCAAUUUCAAAUAUUAUUAAUACUGAUGAUUAUCGAGAUCAAUCAGAAAAUUCAUCUAUCAUUCAGAAAUCAUCAGAAUUUCAAACGAAUUCAAUGAAUUUUGUUAAUGUCAAUAAAAUUCAUCGUCAUUUUCUUCUCCAACCUCAAACAUUUGAAAACAAAAGAAAUGAUCUCUAUGUAACAGUCUCGAAAAUUAGAAAAUUUCGAUUAAAGCCAUCUAAAGUGGCUCAUCAUGCAAGAAAAAAUGUAUGGUCGGAUAAUUUCAAUACUACGAAUGAUCAUCAUCAAGAUUCAAAGAAUAAUCAAAAGAAAUUAUAUUCGAAACAAUGUUUAGCAGCCUUAAUUAUUAGUAUUCUUCUUGUUAUUGCGGUUAUUAUCACAACACUUCUCAUUUUUUUGAUCAAACCACAAACAACAAGUACAAGUACUAGUAGUACUAAAGUAGCAGUACUUCGAUGGAAUACAUCUGGAAUUACCAUAGCCGGCAUAACAACUAUGUCCGGAAAUACUUCUAAUCAAUUGAAUCAACCAUGGGAUCUAGCAUUGGAUUGGUCUAAUGCACUAUAUGUUACUGAUCAAAGAAACAAUCGAGUUCAGAAAUUUUUGAUGGACAUGUCGGCAGGUACAACAAUUGCUGGUCAAGCUAAUGCAACCGGAGGAUUAACUUUGAAUUAUCUACGUGGACCAUUAGGUAUUAUUGUCGAUGAAAACAGUAAUAUAUAUGUAUCAGAUAAUAAUAAUGAUCGAAUUGUUAUUUGGUCCAAUGGUGCAACAUCUGGCUCUCUAUUUGCAGGAAAUGGUACUACUGGUAAUUCAAUAAAUCAAUUGGAUGAUCCAUAUGGUCUUGCACAUGAUCCAAAUUCAGAUGCAAUUUAUAUAGCAGAUUAUAAUAAUCAUCGAAUUAUGCGUUAUUUUCAAAAUAAUUCUUCUGGUACGCUAGUUGCUGGUGGAAAUGGUAAUGGAAAAAAUCAGACACAAUUAUCAUUACCUACUGCUAUUUAUUUCGAUUCAUUGUCGAACAGUCUUCUCAUUGUAAAUACAGGUGCUCACAAUAUUGUUCGUUGGGUAUUAGGUGAAAGUAGUUGGACACUUGUUGCAGGUAAUAUUAAUGGAACAGCUGGUAUAUCAUCAAUGCAUCUAAAGUCUCCGACAGAUGUGACACUCGAUCCGAUGGGUAAUAUGUAUGUUGCUGAUAGAAACAAUCAACGAAUACAAUUCUAUCCAGUUGGUGAAACAAAUGGCACAACUAUUGCUGGUAGAACCGGCAUAACUGGCAGUAAUUCUACUCUUUUUGACACACCCUCUUCGAUCAUACUUGAUAAUCAACUCAAUCUCUAUGUUGUAGAUCGUUUCAAUCAUCGAAUACAAAAAUUUCUACGAUAUUAA